AAAAAAGAACAAAAAUAAACACGUCAGCUGUCAAAAUUUGUUGUGUCAUGUCGUUGUAAUAUUUUUGUAGAAAACCAAACACUGUGAAUUUGUCUCAAAUAGAAUAAAUAACGCCCAUAGUUUAUAACUGAACUAGAAAACUACCGCGAGGUUCAACCACCAUGCAUUGGUACGGGGGCAGCAUCGCGGAAGCGGUGACAUUAUCGAAGCAAAGAAAUGCAAUUUUCGUCGUUUUUGUCGAAGGUGACAACGACCUCUCAGCGGAGAUGGCAGCCACGAUAGACGACAGCGUGGUCCUGGCCCGGCUGUCGGACCCCGCCAACUUCUUAGCGGUCAAGCUCAAGAGCGGAUCCGCUAACUAUACGCAUUUCGCGCAGAUCUACCAAUUCGUGCCAGUUCCUUCUCUAUUCUUCAUAGGCAGGAACGGCACGCCGCUGGAGGUGGUGUGCGCGGGCGUGCAGCCCAGCAACCUGGCCACCAGGAUAGACAGGAUCCUGGAAGAGCAUUUCAAAGACAAACAGGCAUCCCCAGCAACCGUCCCCGCGCCUUCAACAUCAUCUUCCAACAUCCUCGAGGACUCUUCAAUGGAGGACCUGUCCUCCGACAGGGAGCCAGGGUUCCCCCCAGUCAGGGAACUAACUGCCCCCAAUAUUAGGGAGCAAACUGUCAGCUUUGUGCAGACUGAAAGUGCUGCUUUGGCUCGGCAGGCGGAGAAACCGAAGGAGUCUGAUUCAGGCUCACCUCGUGCGAAAAUCCAGAAGAUAGAAUCAGAACCAAGGCCUAAAACUCCAGAACAUGAGAUAGUGUGUGAUGGUGACGUGUGUGUGCGGCGGCCCAGGAACAAGCCCGACGAGCCGGGGCCCAGCCAGGCCCCCACGCCCAGCCUGCCCCAUGCACCCGUUGAUGAUAAGCAGGAGAUCCCCAGCUCAGAGAGUGGGGGCAGCAUUGAGGAGAAGAUGGAGAGAGCCAAGGAGCUCAUCGAAGCCAGGAGGCGGGAGAAGGCUGAUAAGGAGAAAGAGUUGGAGAAAGAGAAAGAGAUGGAACGUCGCGCGGCCGGCAAGGGCGUCGCGGAACUCAAGAGGUGGCAAGCCGACCAGGAACUUAAGCAAAUACAGGAAGAGCGUCGCCGCGAAAAGAUGGAAAACAACCUAGCCCGUCAACGUAUUUUAGAACAAAUUGCCCAGGACCGCCUCGAGAGAAGAGCACGAGACGUGACGCCCACACAGGCACAGCCUUCCCUUCAAGCUACACCUAGUGAGUAUAGUAGCACCUCCUUCCCGCAGCUGGGUAAGAAGAUGGAGAACAACUUAGAACAAAUUGCCCAGGACCGCCUCGAGAGAAGAGCACGAGACGUGACGCCCACACAGGCACAGCCUUCCCUUCAAGCUACACCUACUGCCGGCGACGGCGGUUCUCGAGCUCGCAUACAGUUCAAGUUACCCGACGGAACCUCGCAUACAGCACACUUCGACGCCGACGGCACUCUCGCCGAGGUGCAGAGAUAUGUGGCGGACAAUCUGUCGUUAUCAACAUCAUCGUUCGCGCUAUGGACGGCGUUUCCUCGUCGCGAGCUGACGGAGGCGGAGUCCAGCCUGCGCGGGCUGCAGCUGGCGCCCUCCGCCGCCCUGCUCGUGCUGCCGCGGCGCAUGACGCCCGUCGUCGCCAGGCCGACACCCGUGUCUAAUCUUAUCACAUUCUUCACGCAACUCUUCACAACCAUGAUCCUAGAGCCAUCACAGCAACUAUUCAUCUGGCUCCGCACCCGCCUAUUCCCUCCCCCCGCUCCCCGCGCCGUCAGCCCCCAGUCCGGGGCUCCGUCAGCUCCGUCCGCCCCCGGAGCCCGGCGCCGCGGGAACAUACACCGCCUGCCCAGCGAUCGAGCCCCCGACGACGACAAUAAUACAUGGAACGGUAACUCUACACAACAAAUGUAAUGUUGCCAUGUUUAAAAUGUUCUUUUGGGGUUACCUGUGAAGGUACUGAGGAAUUUGAGGUUGGUUGUGUUUGGGAUUUCAUGUGUCGGAUGGUUAAUCGAUUUGAUUGUUCAAUCGAAUGAUCGGAUGAUUAAUCGAUUUUAUUGUUGAAUCGAAUAUUCGGAUGAUUAAUCGAUUUGAUUGUUGAAUCGAAUAUUCGGAUGAUUAAUCGAUUUGAUUGUGCAAUCGAAUGGUUAGUAGAUAAUGCUGGCGAAUUUUAUCGAUGUUUUAAUCUAAAAUCUUCAUAUAAAUUCAUAUAUUUUAGGAUGCAUCUUUAUUUAAAGAUCAUAAAAAACUGCAUCCAUCUGUUACUUAUGUAUUCUGUAAUCCACGCCGGUAAUAAAUUGUAUUAAAAUUUUACCAAAGCAACAUGAUAUUUCAAACAUAUUCAUCCUCAAAUGUAUUCAGUAACUUUGCAAGUACCCUUUAGGCGAUAGUUCGCACUGCGUCAUAUAAUUUCAAAAUUAAUUCUUAUGAUUAUGGCGUAAUUAUUACGAACUUUACGUCAUUUGGGGUGGUAAAAAUCACCCAUAUUUAUAAUUGUACCAUUCCUUCUAAUUUGCCAUUUUGUGGCAACACUGUAAAUAUGUCCUAGUGCGGGCGACACUGACUCAUUGAUUAGUGUUCCCAUCUAUGUUCUUAGCACUACAUAUUUUGUGUGAGAUUGACUGCACACUUACGACAAAAUCGCGAUUUAAAAUCGUUAAUAACUCGCGUAGAUAUUUCUUAAAAGUCCGACAAGUUAAAACAUUAAUGUCUUAGGUUUAGACAAGUGGCAUUUUGAAAAAUAUUUAAAAAUAAUAGAAUUAUAAAUGAAUGGAACUGACAUUAUCUACAUAAAUAUCAUAUAACCUAUUUCAGCUAUGAAAUGGUUUCGUCUCUUUCUGUGAAACUUACAAUAACUUUUGACAGAAAAGGACAAAGCACAGUAUAGUAGCUUGUAUAGGAAUAAGUAGCUAAUGUCAGCUCUAUACAUUUAUAAUUCUAUAAUCUAGCAUUUGUUUUGAAAGCUUGUCUAAACCUUUCUAAUUCUAUGUACAGUCUUAAGGCCAUUCCCAAUAAUUUAUCUAUCUAUCAAUUAUUUUGCUUACAAAAGACAGAAAUUCGACAUUACGUGUAUGGAGCUAAUUUCAAAAUUCUAUCUCUGAUAAGCGAAUUAAUAGAUAAAAUAUAGGGACUGGCUAUUAUACGAAUUUCGAAAUCAAUAAAAUCUUUCACGUAACUUAUAUAAUAUUUUUAGCAUUCAUUUUAACUAUCUAAGGGUUGUAAGAAUACAUUUUCAUGGUUUUAAAUGGUGCUAUACGAGUAUUUGAAAGGAAUAAAAAAUGGGGAAAAAAUGGAUGCUAAAACUAUAAUAUCCGGUCAAAUUCGCCAUAUUUUUGAAUGAUAUUAUGCAAGUAUACCUACUUAUUAAAAAUAAAUAAUACCUUAAUAAAUGAAUUGAAUUGCAUUACGGUUUAAAGUUCUUAGCAGAAACUCUGCAGACUUACUAAAAUCUCUGCAGGCUGACUACAACUCUGCAGUGUUACUUAAAAGUGAUUUAAUUAAUUUGCAUAGCAACACACAAGUGUUUAGAUUGUGCUUCUUAAGAUUUUGACUGCAAUUAUUUUUCUAGUUAAUACGAUAAAUAUUCGUGUCACAGUUUCUCUUAUAAUAUCUUAAAAUUGUGCAGUUGUUCAAUGCUAUGAUUAAAAUUCCAACUGACGUUCUAUUGACAUUGACAGCUGUCAAUUUGAAGCAUGUGUCAAUAUCAUUGAUCUGUCAUUGUAUUGAACAACUGUCAAUAAUUAGAAAAACUGUGGUUUUUCAUCGUGUACGUUAUCUCUGCAUCAUAUCACAUAAGAUCAUAAUAAUAUUACUCUCAAAAUAAACUUAAUUUAAAACAUAAAAUACCAGUGAAUGGAGUUUAAUUAAUAUUACCUACCGUAGAAUAAAAUUGUUGACAAUUAAAUGAAAUAUACUAUCAUUUCUUGUCUUUAAUAUUACUAUCAAAACUAAAUGUAUAAAUAUUUUCUAUGUAUAUAUUGACCAAUGUUUGAAAUGAAAUUAAAAAUUUACACAAUUUUCGGAGGUCCCAAAAAAAAAUUAAAAAACUGUUGGAAAACUAAAAUUUUCCUUCAUUUUGUUUUCAGCUACGAAAAACGGGAUAAUUCUUUUAUUAUUUAUGUUACUAAUUAUGUUUCGGAGUGAAUAAAUUAAUGGAAAGUAUAGACAAAUUCAGUGUGACAUACGACCUUUUUGAAUCGAUUGACAUUUACGCGCCAAUAAAUCCAAAAUGGCGUCGGCAUUUUCAAAUUUCGAAUGCUAUAUUUGUCUAUGUCACAUUGAAUGUGUCAAUACUAAAAAUAAAUAGGUUUUCUAGAUUAGUUAUGAACUAUUAUCAAAUUUUCGUUGUAAUUUAUAUUUCAAAUAAAUAUUUGUUGAAUACCCACA